AAGCUGUCUCAACCACAUAAUCAACUCGACUACAAGUUACUGUUCUGUUACACUUGACAAGACCUACCGUGACAUUGCUACAUUGUUACCAUAAGCAACACUACCCACCAGUGCAGCAUAGUUAGGUCCUUCACUAGCCCUCUACCUAUUGUAACCACCAACACUUCAAUCGCAAUGGAUUCUCAAUCUUUUGACUACUGGAUGGCCCAAGGAAAUUAUAUUGCCCCACCACACCAGACGACGGUGUUCGACAUGCCUCCCGAUAUUUCAAAAGUACCCAGCUUGAGCGGAUCGCCAGUUUCUUCGACUUACGACCAGUUCCCUGCACCAAUCCACCAAUCUUAUUACCCCCAGAUUGUCGACGAGCCUUUGCCAUUCGGAUCAUAUCCCAUGCCCAUGACCCCGCCUGAUUUUGCAUCCGAUCAAGAUAGUCCCUACUGCAGUCCCCGGCCGCUACAACACACCGAGCCGUCUUUUGGGUCUGUGCACACAACUGCGCCAGCCGAACGGAUACACACAACCUCGGGCCGCCGACGAGCUCAAAACCGGGCUGCCCAGCGCGCUUUCCGUGAACGGAAAGAAAAGCAUGCGCGAGAUCUUGAAGCACAGCUUACUGUCUUGAGCGACAAAUACAACAAGCUAGAAGUUUCCCAUUCUGAACUCAAUGCCGCAUAUGAGAAACUCCGGAAAACUAUCGAACUUCUCACCCAAGACGAUGAUGCUGAGGGCGAGGAUGAAGAAGGCUCAACCACGCGCCGACGAAGCAGCAAUACAGAUACUCUGCGAAAACUCCUGGAGAUAUUACACGGAGAAUUCAAGGGCGUUACAUCAGUCAAGACUGAGACAAGUUGAUCCAAUGACGAUGGUACUACUAGGACGUUUUCUUGACUCAUUUCCCACUUCUUGUCUAUACCCUUUCCAAUCUUUUCUGUUGGAGCCUGUAUUUCCCAAGCGAUGCAUUUUGGAAGUCUCUUUAGACGGUACUCUCUUUGCUGUGAUGUCUCAUGAUACGCUCCAGCCCGCUAUCAAUUCAGGAGGCGAGCUGGGACCAGAAAUUCUGGCUGAACACAUGCGUUCUCGCCAAUCCCAUCCUAUACACUAUCUAAUACCACCUUUGUUUACGACAA